AGUCCCAGUUCACUUCUGUAAAGAACUACCAAUCAGCACCCAAUCAAAAUGGCCUUCAAGUUCGUGUUCGCCCUCGCCUUCGUCGCCGUGGCCAGCGCCGGUUACGCCCCCAUCGCCGCCCCCCAGGUCUACCACGCCGCCCCCGCCGUGGCCACCUACGCCCACGCCCCCGUCGCCGUGGCCCAGAAGGUGGUGGUCAAGGCCGCCGAGGAGUACGACCCCCACCCCCAGUACCGCUUCUCCUACGGAGUCGACGACAAGCUGACCGGCGACAACAAGGGACAGGUGGAGGAGCGCGACGGGGAUGUGGUCCGCGGAGAGUACUCCCUGAUCGAUGCCGACGGGUACAAGAGGACCGUCCAGUACACCGCCGACCCCAUCAACGGAUUCAACGCCGUGGUCAACCGUGAGCCCCUCGUCAAGGCCGUCGCCGUUGCCCCCGUUGUCAAGGCCGUUGCCCCAGUGGCUCACUAUGCCGCUCCCGCUGUCGUGAAGACCGUGGCUCCAGUGGCUCACUAUGCUGCCCCCGCUGCCUACACCUCCUACGCCGCCCCCUCCGUCGCCCACUACGCCGCCCCCUCCGUCGCCCACUACGCCGCCCCUGCUGUUGUGAAGACCGUUGCCCCCGUGGCCCACUACGCUGCUCCCGCCGUGGUCAAGACCGUGGCCCCAGUGGCCCCAGUGGCUCAGUACGCCGCCUACGCUGCCCCCGCCCACUACGCCGCCCCGGCCGCCACCUACACCUCGUACUCCGCUCCCGCCGUGGCCUACCACCACUAGAUCCUGGCUGAAAACGGACGUUGUACAUAGACUUGUUGGCUUUAUUAUUACUGUACAUUUAUUUAUUGACAGCACCAAUAAACAAAUGCAUACGAGUACGUAGACAUACAUCACG